UGUCCUCGAAAUCAUUCAACUACAUAUCAUUGAUCUUAAUUGGAACAACAUGGGCUUCAUCAAAGUCCUCUUACCUUGUAUUCUGUCAAUCUCAUUUUUCACUUUCGCCCAUGCUGCCACUUUCGACAUCACAAACCGAUGCAGCUACACAGUCUGGGCCGCUGCUUCGCCUGGUGGCGGAAGAAGGCUCAACUCAAGCCAGUCUUGGCAGAUCAACGUCUCAUCAGGGACUGUCGGGAGAAUUUGGGGUCGGACUAAUUGCAGCUUUGAUGGGAGUGGCCGAGGCCAGUGCGAGACGGGUGAUUGUAACGGGCUCCUAGAAUGCCAGGCCUCUAGCCGGCCCCCCAACACGCUAGCCGAAUUUGCCCUGAAUCAGCUCAAUAACUUGGACCUUUUCGAUAUCUCCUUAGUAGAUGGGUUCAAUAUCCCAAUCGAAUUCAGUCCAACAACUGAUGUCUGUCGUGGUGUCAAGUGCACGGGCCGAAUCAACGAAGAGUGCCCUGACGAGCUUCGGGCCCCCGGUGGAUGUAACAACCCAUGCACUGUCUUUGGUACCAAUGAGUAUUGUUGUACUGACGGGUCUGGAACCUGUCCGCCGACAGAAUAUUCGAGGUUUUUCAGGGAAAGGUGCCCUAAUGCUUACAUCUCUCCCCAGGACGGUCAGACAAGUACUUUCACUUGCCCUGCUAGUACCAAUUACAGGGUUGUGUUCUGUCCCUGAACAACCAAAUGCUGAAUUGAUCCAGGCAUUUGCUUGUAAUAAGUUCUGAAAUUGUAAUUUUAGUCCUAUAAUUUAUGGAUGUCAUUUUUAAUUCUAUACAAAUUGAUUUUCGGAAUUGAA